CGUAACGCUGACGUCACUUCCAGUUUAAGCCGCCGACUGGCGCCAAGAACUAGUUGAACCGUCUCCCUCCAGUAGUUAAGAUGGUGCCUGAGAGCGAGGUAAAAAGCAUACGCCGGUUUGUCUGUGGACAACUCCGUGCAGAACAAGAUUUAAGCUCGCUGACUUUGGGGAUUUUAAAACGGCGAUAUUUGGCCAACGUGGGAGGCGACUCGCUUAGUUCAUCUGUCCAAAGUUUACUGAAACAAGUGGUUCAUCAGGAACUGCAAAAAAUGCAGGAGGAUCACAGAAGCAGUAGUGAGUCGGAGGCAGAGGAUGUCCAAAACAAAAGAAAAAGAGAAAGGGAAAAUGACACUACAAGUGAGGAUGAAAACGAGCUUGCAUCCAAGGGAAAAAAGCCCCGCAGUUGUGUGAGCACCGAGUCGGAAUCAGAGGACAAAGAGAACCAAAUAGCAGAAAGUGCAGAGAGUGAAGAGGAAGAGCAAAGUAAAACUGGAUCAGGAGAUACAGAGGAGAAAAUGACAAAAUCAAGUGAAAAGACAAAUGGAAUGUGUGACAAAGAUUCUGAAGAUGGAGAAACGGAGAUAAAAACUAAAAUGGAAAAAAUGAAAACUGAUCAGAGUGAUGACGAUGAUAAAAAUAACUCAAAUAAGAGUGACAGCUCUCUGUCAUCAGAAGAGAGUGAAAAAGAGGACAACACCGUGGCAGAAAAGCGCGAAAACCAAGCAGAUUCAGAUUCAUCAUCUCUGCCCUCGGAGGAUGAGCAGGAACACCAGACCAAAGUCGAUAAAAAGAAAGGGAAAAAUGGUGAUAGCGAAAAAAAUAAAUCAACAAAAAAGGACAAACAUGAUGCUGUAAAAAUACAGAAGGACGACAAUAAAGCAGUCGUGAGGCUCAAGCGCUACAUUUCGCUCUGCGGCGAGAGACGCAAUUACAAGAAGCUCCUUGGUGACUGUUGCUCUGUUCGCUCCAUGGUGGCUGUCCUAAAGAAGGAGCUGGAAGAUCUCGGUGUUCACGGCCAACCAUCCAUCGAGAAAUGCAAAAAAGUACGUCUCAAGAAAGAAGAAGCUCGGGAACUUGCUGAAUUGGAUGUCAGCAACAUCAUUAAUAGUGAAGGUCGACCUAAACGAAGAGUAGCCUUUGCACGGCAGGAAGACCGCGAACCACCGCUCCCAACCUAUCACCGAUCGUUGAACUCUGACUCUGACAGCGAUCAGACAAACGGCGCGCCGAAAGGACCCAGAAGGGUAUCAGAUUGGGAAAACCUGCGCGGAAUCAUCAGUGAUGAUGCAAGCAGCGACUGAGGCACAGCUGUUUGUGCAAGUUUUCUGAAAGACUUUUUCAAAUUCAGUUUUUGGUUAAAAAAAUGAGUCAGUUUUAUAUAUCUCAGCAGGGGUCACUAACAGUGCCCGUGCCAAGGACCACGUGAGUCCAGGCCUAUUCUAAACAUAGUUUACCAAUGAUGGGACAUUAUUUCCGAGGAAUCUUAAAAAAAUGCACACUUGAAAAAUUUAAAAACUUCUAGAAAUGUAUACAAAUAAAGUGUAACAUAUUGUUGAUGAUUUAAUGCUUACUAUGGCAAGUCAUUGUUUAUAAUUGUGACAAAUCAUUGAUGUGAUCAAUGUUUUGACAUGGCUGAAUACAGGUAAUUGGAUCGUAUUUAUUUUUAAAAUGUGUAUUGAAAUGGUAGCCCUUCACACUCACACAUUACCAAGAAGUUGUUUCUUAAGAGGUUGGUGACCCCUGCAUUUGAAUACUUUGCUGUUUGUAUAAAAAUUGAUACAUCAUGUAUUUUUAUGAGUUUUGCAGUUUUGAAUCCCAGCUUGUGCCUUUCUAUAUGUCGUUUGCAUGUUGUCACUAUGCUUUCCAGGGGAUUUCUUGGUGCGUCCCAAAACUUGUAUGGUCUGUUUAUUGAAGACUGAAAGAUGAUCCAUAAGUGUGACUUGUUCUUUGUCUGUGACCUCCGACAGAACGGCAGAAGUCUCCCAAA